GGCUGGAGUGGUCUCCCUCCUGCGACACACUGGGAGGCUGUGGAGGAACAUGCCUUCUUCUUCACCUUUUUUAUGGAGUCUAGUUACUCUAUUGAUGUUAGCUGAAGUAAGUAGUGAAGCUGGAGAGCUUGAGCAGCUGCAACAAAAAAGAAGCACUGAUCUCCACCAGCCCCGGAUAGCUACAGAGAGUGGAAAUUUAGUGUUUCUUACCGGGUCUACUCAAAAUAUUGAAUUUAGAACUGGAUCCCUUGGAAAAGUUAAGUUAAAUGAUGAAGAUCUUGGUGAAUGUUUACAUCAGAUCCAGAGAAAUAAAGAUGAUAUUAUAAAUUUAAAAAGGAAUGAAGUUGGCCUUUCUCAAAAUAUAUAUAGCCAAGUCCAUCAACUUAAUGCCACGUUGGUGGAUCUUGAGAGAAAAUUUCAAAGUUUACAGCAGGUAGUGGACAUGAAUGUUUGCAGCAGCAAUCCCUGCCAUAACGGUGGCACUUGCCUCAAUAUGCACAAUUCCUUUUUUUGUAUUUGUCCUCGGCAGUGGGAGGGUCCUCUCUGCUCAGAUGAAAUUAAUGAAUGUGAGUUGUACUCAGGAACAGCCUUGGGCUGCCAGAAUGGUGCCACCUGUGUGAAGACAGUGGGGCGCUUCAGCUGUCACUGCACACCUGAGACAUAUGGACCCCAGUGUGCAUCCAAAUAUAAUGACUGUGAAGGGGGUUCUAAGGAACGCUGUGUUCAUGGCAUCUGUGAGGAUUUAGACCGAGAGCAACCAAAUCAGCCCAAGUACAGCUGUAUCUGCAAUCCUGGGUGGACCUUGGCCUCAAACAACACCUGCACAUUGGACCAAGAUGAGUGCAGCCACCAGCCCUCGCCUUGUUCUCCACUUGUGCGGUGUUUCAACACUCCAGGCUCUUUCUAUUGUGGGGCCUGUCCAACAGGCUGGCAAGGAAAUGGCUAUGAAUGCCAAGAUAUCAAUGAAUGCGAGAUCCAUAAUGGCGGCUGUUCUAUGGCUCCCCUGGUUCCAUGUGUGAACACAGCUGGAUCAUUCAGGUGUGGGAGCUGUCCACCAGGUUACAGUGGUGAUGGGAAAGUGUGCACAAUCUUAGACAUCUGCUCCAUCAAUAAUGGAGGCUGUCAUCCUGAUGCAUCCUGCUCCCCAGCCCUAGGUUCAUUACCUCUCUGUACCUGUCACCUGGGAUAUACUGGAAAUGGUUAUGGGCCAAAUGGAUGUGCACAGCUCAGUAAUAUUUGCUCAAGUCACCCUUGUGUAAAUGGACAAUGCACAGACACAGAGUCCAGUUAUAUUUGUAAGUGUGACUCAGGCUGGAUGGGUAGAAACUGCACAGAAAACAUCAAUGAGUGUCUUAGCAGCCCCUGUUUGAAUGGGGGUACUUGUGUUGAUGGUACAAACACCUUCCGUUGUGAAUGCACGAGUUCCUGGACUGGAUCUCACUGUCAGAUUCCACAGCAAGUGUGUGGAGAGACCCUCUCAGAGACAACAGGAACCAUCACCUAUCAGAGCCCCAAUGUUGGUUUUAAUCAUGAUGUUAACUGUUUCUGGGUUAUUCGAACUGAGGAGGGAAAGGUUCUGCAUCUCACUUUCACAUUUUUUGAAUUAGAACCAGCAAACAACUGUCCUCAAGAGUUUCUUCAGAUCCAUGAUGGAGAUUCCUCAGCAGCAUUUCCCCUGGGGAGAUUCUGUGGCUCUCAUCCCCCCGAGGGGCUCCACAGCAGUGACAAUGCUCUCUACUUCCACCUAUAUUCAGACCACAUGAGGGCUGGCCGAGGCUUCACAGUUAGGUGGGAAACACAGCAAUCAGAAUGUGGUGGCAUUCUGACUGGCACUUAUGGUUCUAUCACAUCUCCGGGAUACCCUGGAAAUUAUCCCCCAGGAAGAGAUUGUGUCUGGCACAUUCUAACCAGUCCUGGCCUCUUAAUAACAUUUACUUUUGGGACCUUGAACCUGGAGAGCCACGAUGACUGUAGUAAGGAUUACUUGGAGAUUCAAGAUGGUCCUUUCCAUCAAGACCCUCUUCUUGGGAAAUUCUGCAAGAAUCUCUCUGUUCCACCACUACAGACUACUGGUCCCUCUGCCAGAAUUCAUUUUCAUUCAGAUGCCCAGACUUCUGGUCAAGGCUUCCAUAUCACCUACCUAUCCUCACCGUCGGAUCUGCCUUGUGGAGGGAACUACACAGAGCCAGCGCACGAGCUUCUUCUUCCUCCCUUGUCUGGACCUUUUGUUUACCACAGGCAAUGUGUCUACAUCAUCAAGCAGCCUGAGGGAGAGAAAAUAGAUGUCAACUUCACCCACGUGGAGCUGGAAAGCCAGAGAGGUUGUUCUCACACUUACAUAGAGGUUAGAGAUGCUGACACCUUGCUUGGAAAACUCUGUGGUGAUGAAACCCUCUUUCCCAUAAGAUCCCUCACUAACAAUAUCUGGAUCAGGUUGAAAAUAGACUACUCUGUGCAGAAGGCUGCUUUCAGAGCUUAUUAUCAAGUUGCUUGUGGGGGUGAAUUAACAGGAGAAGGAGUCAUUCGUUCACCUUUCUAUCCCAAUGCCUAUCCUGGAGAAAGAAUUUGUAGGUGGACCAUCUCUCAACCUCAAGGACAGCUAGUGAAUCUUAACUUCACUGACUUUCAGAUUAGAAGUUCUGGCCCCUGUACAACAGAUUAUAUUGAGAUUGGUAGCAGUUCUAUUUUGGGUUCUGCUGAAAAUGAGAAAUAUUGUGGCACAAACAUACCUUCAUUUAUAACAUCAUUGUACAAUACUCUCUAUGUCACAUUUGUGAAAAGUACUUCAACUAAAAAUCAUGGUUUCACAGCUAAGUUCAGUACUGAGAAUUUGGCAUGUGGAAAAGUUUUUACUGAGUCAAGAGGAAUCAUUGAGAGUCCUGGUCAUCCAAAUGUCUACCCCCAUGGUAUCAACUGCACUUGGCAUAUAUUUGUUCAACAUGACCAACUGAUUCGUUUGGUGUUUGAUGAAUUUAAUCUCGAGCACCAUGACAAUUGUUCAAAUGACUACCUGGAGAUUUAUGACAUUGGCUAUAAGAUGUCUCUUGGGAGGUACUGUGGAAAAUCUAUUCCACCUUCUAUGACCAGCAGUACCAACUCAAUAAAGCUAGUAUUUGUGACGGACUCUGACCUUGCUUAUGAAGGCUUUUCAAUACAAUAUGAGGCCAUUAAUGUAUCUACAGCGUGCUUGGAAGACUAUACAAGUGGCACUGGGACACUGCAUUCUCCAAACUUCCCCAAUGCUUACCCAAAUAAUUGGGAAUGCAUUUAUAUGAUCACAGUACAACGCAACCAACAGAUUGCAUUGCACUUCAGAAACUUCUCCUUGGAACAAGGCUUUCCUGGAAACUGCCCAGAUUUUGUGGAAAUCAGGGAUGGAGGCUAUGAAACUUCACCAUACCUGGGUAGUUACUGUGGCUCAAUUCCACCUCCGAGAAUCAUCUCUCACAGUAACAAACUUUGGAUAAGAUUUAAGAGUGACCUAUUAAUCUCAUCGUCAGGUUUCUUAGCUACCUGGGAUGGAUCAACAACAGGCUGUGGGGGCAAUCUCACCACUUCCACAGGGGUGUUCAUGUCACCCAACUACCCGAUGCCCUACUAUCACAGCUCUGAGUGCUACUGGUUGUUGAAAGCCAGCCAUGGCAGCCCCUUCAAGCUCGAAUUUGAAGACUUCCACCUGGAGUAUCAUCCAAGCUGUUCUUUGGAUUAUCUGGCCGUUUAUGACGGGCCAAGUACCAACUCUCACCUGCUAGCUCAGCUCUGUGGAGAUGUGACACCAGCUCCCAUCCACUCCAGUGGAGACAGCAUGCUGAUAAAGCUGAGGACAGAUGAAGGUCAGCAGGGACGUGGCUUCACAGUCAAGUACAUGCAGACAUGUGAGAAUGUGGAAAUAGUGAAUCAAACCUAUGGCAUUUUGGAGAGUAUAAAUCAUCCCAAUCCCUAUUCUGAAAAUCAGCGUUGCAGCUGGACCAUCCAAGCAACCACCGGGAACACUGUGAACUACACCUUUCUAGCAUUUGACCUGGAGCAUUACUCAAACUGCUCCACAGAUUAUGUAGAGCUCUAUGAUGGACCUCAUCGGAUUGGACGUUACUGUGGAACAGAUAUCCCCCUGCCAGGGAGUACCACAGGCUCCCAGCUUCAGGUGCUGUUUCAUACUGAUGGGGUUGGUAAAGGUGAGAAUGGAUUCCAGAUGCAGUGGUUCAUUCAUGGCUGUGGUGGGGAGAUGACUGGAGCCCUGGGCUCCUUCAGCAGCCCUGGGUAUCCACAGAGCUAUCCUGACGGCAAAGACUGCAUCUGGUACAUUCGCACAGCCCCAGGGAGCAGCAUUCAGCUCACCAUACACGACUUCGAUGUGGAAUAUCAUCCUAACUGCACAUAUGACAGUCUGGAGAUCUAUGGAGGCCCUGAUUUCCAUGCUCCCAGAAUAGCCCAGUUGUGUACCCAGAAUUCACCUUUGAUCCCAAUGCAGAUCUCCAGUACAGGAAAUGAGAUAGCAAUCCACUUUAACACUGAUAGUUCUAUAAAUGGAAGAGGUUUCAAUGCCUCCUGGAAAGCAGUCCCUGGAGGUUGUGGUGGGAUUUUCAAGGCUCCCAGAGGAGAGAUUCAUUCUCCAAAUUACCCCAACCAUUAUAGAGAUAACACAGAAUGCUCUUGGAUAAUUCAAGUUGAAAAACAUCAUCGUGUUCUCCUGAACUUCACUGACUUUGACCUUGAGCCUACAGACUCUUGUAUUAUGGCAUAUGAUGGCUCAAGUUCUGCUACCCUCCGCCUUGCCCGUUUGUGUGGAAGACAGCUGCCACCUAACUCUAUCACCUCUUCAGGAAACAGCCUUUUUGUGAGGUUCCAAUCUGGCUCUUCCAGACAGAGCAGAGGCUUCCGAGCUCAAUUUAAGCAAGUUUGUGGAGGCCACAUCCUCAUUGACUCCUCUGAUACGAUUUCCUCUCCAUUGUUCCCUGAGAACUAUCCAGACAAUGAGAACUGCAGCUGGAUAAUUCAAGCUCAACCUCCAUUCAAUCAUAUCACUCUCUCUUUUACCCAUUUUGGACUGGAAAGAAGUACAAGUUGUAGACGAGACUUUUUAGAAAUCCUGGAUGGCAACGACAAUGAUGCGCCUGUCCGAGGCCGCUACUGUGGCAGCUCCCUGCCACAUCCCAUUGUGUCCUUCAGCAGUGCUCUGACGCUGAGGUUCGUCUCUAAUUCUGGAGGCAGGUAUAGUGGUUUCCAUGCUGUAGUUUCUGCAUCAACAUCAGCUUGCGGUGGAAACUUCUACACAGUUGAUGGUAUCUUCAACAGCCCUGGUUACCCAGAAGUUUAUCCCUCUAAUGUGGAAUGUGUCUGGAAUAUUGCCAGCUCCCCUGGCAACCAGCUGCAGCUGUCUUUUUUAUCCUUCCAGUUGGAGGACUCUCAGAACUGCAACAAAGAUUUUGUGGAGAUCCGGCAAAGCAAUGCCACAGGCCACUUGGUGGGACAAUACUGUGGAAACUCCCUCCCUCACAAUCACUCAUCAAUUACUGAGCACGGUCUGUGGAUUCGAUUCGUCUCUGAUGGCUCAGGCACUGGCACAGGCUUCCAGGCCAUGUUUAAUAAGAUAUUUGGCAAUGAUAAUAUUGAAGGAACUCAUGGGAAAAUAGCUUCUCCCUUCUGGCCGGGAAAAUACCCCCAUAACUCCAAUUACAAGUGGGUAGUAAAUGUGAACAUAUCUCAAGUUAUCCAUGGUAGAAUCUUGGAGAUGGACAUUGAAUCAACACAGAACUGCAAUUAUGACAAAUUAAGAAUCUAUGACGGGAUUGAUGUUUAUUCCCGCCCAAUUGGCACUUACUGUGGCACACAGACACCAUCUUUUAGCUCCAGUAGGAACUCUAUAACAUUCCAGUUUUUCUCUGAUGCUUCAGUCUCGGGAAGGGGCUUCCUUCUGGAGUGGUUUGCGGUGGAUGCUUCUGAGGGACUCUCACCUACCAUUGCUCCAGGUGCUUGUGGAGGGUUCCUGGUGACUGGAGACACACCUUUUUUCCUUUUUUCCCCGGGUUGGCCUGGUCACUAUGAUAAUGACAUCGACUGUACGUGGAUCAUCUAUGCUCCUGACUCUACUGUGGAAUUCAACAUCCUCUCCAUGGACAUUGAAGCUCAAGGAACAUGUGCCUAUGAUAGUCUUGUCAUAAGAGAUGGAGACAGUAACAUUGCCCAGCAGCUGGCCAUUCUCUGUGGCAAAGAGAUCCCUGGGCCCAUCCGGUCGACUGGAGAGUAUAUGCACGUCCGAUUCACCUCUGACUCCAGCGUCACUAGGGCAGGCUUCAACGCAUCUGUGCAUAAGAGCUGUGGUGGAUAUUUGCAUGCAGACAGAGGGAUUAUCACAUCCCCCAAGUACCCAGAGGCCUACACCCCCAACCUCAAUUGCUCCUGGCAUGUUCUCGUCCAGAGUGGUCUCACCAUUGCUGUCCAUUUUGAGCAGCCUUUCCAGAUCCAAACUCAAGAUUCUUCAUGCAGCCAGGGGGAUUACCUGGUGAUAAAAAAUGGCCCAGAUAUCUAUUCUCCACCCUUGGGACUGAGUAGAGGAAAUGGUCGUUUCUGUGGAAAUCAUCCUCCAUCAACUUUGUUCACCUCAGACAAUCAGAUGUUUGUUCAGUUUAUUUCUGACAACAGUAAUGGAGGACAAGGAUUUAAGAUAAAGUAUGAGGCACUGAGCUUAGCCUGUGGUGGCAAUAUCUACCUCCAUGAUGUUGACUCCACUGGAUAUGUGACCUCCCCCAACUACCCUGACAAUUAUCCCCAGCAUGCCAACUGCAUUUGGAUCCUAGCUGCUCCUCCAGGAAAAAGUAUACUUGUGCAGUUUGAAGAUCAACUGAAUAUUGAAGAAACUUCCCACUGUACUGCAAGUUACCUCGAGUUGCGGGAUGGAGUCGACUCAAAUGCACCAGUGCUUUCCAAAUUUUGUGGGACAGUUUUACCCAAUAGCCAAAUUUCCUCAAGAGAGAUUAUGUAUUUAAGAUUCCAGACUGGCAAUGGUUCCACCCACAUGGGAUUCAAGGCCAAGUAUUCUAUAGCCCCAUGUGGAGGAACAGUAACCGGGCCAAGCGGAGUCAUUGAAAGCAUUGGAUAUCCAACCCAACCAUAUCCAAAUAACCUGGUGUGCCAGUGGCAUCUCCAGGGCCUCCCAGGACACUAUCUCACCAUUCAGUUUGAAGACUUAAACCUACAGAGUUCUCCUGGCUGUGAAAAAGACUUUGUGGAGAUCUGGGAAAAUGGUACCUCUGGGAAUACUUUGGGCAGAUACUGCGGACACACCAUUCCUAACAGUAUAGACACUUCUAGCAAUGUCGCCUCAGUCAAGUUUGUCACAGAUGGCUCUCUUACUGCCUCUGGUUUUAGAUUAAAGUUUAAAUCCAGCACAGAAGUGUGUGGCCGGGAUCUACAGGGUGCUACUGGGACAUUUACUUCUCCCAACUACCCAAACCCAAAUCCUCAUGCUCGGAUCUGUGAAUGGAGAAUCACUGUGCCGGAAGGAAGGAGGAUCAUCCUAACUUUUACCAACCUGAGGCUCGAAGUGCACCCAUCCUGUGACAACGAGCACCUGCUUGUGUUCAAUGGCAUUAGAAGUAACUCACCCCAGCUAGCAAAACUGUGUAGUAGUAUGAAUGUAAACAAUGAAAUAAAAUCUUCAGGAAACACAAUGAAAGUUGUUUAUUUUACUGAUGGAUCCCGGCCAUAUGGAGGUUUCACUGCUUUGUACACAUCUAGUGAAGAUGCAGUGUGUGGUGGGUCUCUUCCAAGUGUCCCCAGUGGAAACUUUACUUCUCCUGGAUUUAAUGGAAUUACUAAUUAUGCAAGAAACCUUAACUGCGAAUGGACUCUCAGUAAUCCAAAUCAAGAAAACUCAUCUAUUUCCAUUCAUUUUGUUGACUUUUCCCUUGAAAGCCAUCAAGACUGUCUAUUUGAUGUCCUUGAGUUUCGAGUGGGUGAUGCUGAUGGGCUCCUAAUAGAGAGAUAUUGCAGCCUGUCAGCACCUACAGUGCCACUGGUUAUACCCUAUCCUCGGGUGUGGAUACAUUUCACCACCAAUGACCAGGUAGAAUAUAUUGGAUUCCAUGUAAAGUAUGCCUUUACAGAUUGUGGUGGAAUACAGAGAGGGGAGAGUGGAGUGAUCUCAAGUCCCAACUACCCAAAUGUUUACAAAAGCUGGACUUUCUGCUCUUGGCUGUUGGAAGCCCCAGAAGGGCAUACCAUCUCUCUCACAUUUAAUGACUUUGAUAUCCAGAGCCAUUCAACUUGUGCUUGGGACUCUGUCACUGUAAGAAAUGGUGCUUCUCCUGGAUCACCCACCAUAGGACAGUACUGUGGAAGGUCUAACCCUGGUACAGUACAGUCUGGGUCCAACCAGCUUGUGGUGGUUUUUAACACAGACCUCUUAGGGCAAACUAGAGGAUUUUAUGCUACAUGGAACACACAAACUUUAGGUUGUGGUGGAACAAUUCACUCAGAUAAUGGUACAAUCAGAACACCACACUGGCCUCAGAAUUUUUCUCCAAACAGCAGAUGUUCCUGGACAGUCAUUACUCAUGAGAGCAAACACUGGGAGAUCAGCUUUGACAAUAACUUCCGAAUCCCCAGCAGCAGUGCCGAGUGCCAGAGCAGCUUUGUUAAGGUAUGGGCCGGAACCGAAGAAACCAACAAUACCCUAUUAGCCACAGGCUGUGGGGAUGUAGCUCCCAGCCCCAUCAUCACACCAAGAAACAUUUUCACUGCUGUCUUCCAGUCUCAGGAGGCGCCAGCACAGGGCUUCUCUGCCUCCUUUGUCAGCAAAUGUGGACGGAAUUUCACUGGUUCAGUAGGUGAAAUCAUCUCUCCAAACUACCCGAGGCACUACGACAACAACAUGAACUGCACCUAUAUCAUCCAGGCUGAUUCACAGGCUAUAGUCCUCUUGACUUUUGUGUCUUUCCAUUUGGAAGAUCGUUCAGCCAUCACGGGCAGCUGUGAUCAUGAUGGGGUACACAUUAUCCGAGGCCUCAGCCUGUCUUCCACACCCUCUGCUACUGUGUGUGGUUCUGAGACCUUGGCCACCCUUACCAUGGCCGGACCAGUGCUGCUGAACUUCUAUUCCAACGCGUACAUCACCGACUAUGGAUUCAAAUUUUCCUAUAGGAUCACCACCUGUGGUGGGAUAUACAAUGCAUCCACUGGAAUCAUCACGAGUCCUUCCUACUCAUACGCCAACUACCCGAACAACCUCUACUGUCUCUACACCAUCAGUGUUACAAGUGACAGAGUGGUUCUGCUGAGGUUCAGUGAAUUUGAUGUGGUUCCCUCCAACCUCUGUGCACGUGACUUCCUGGAGGUUUAUGAUGGUUCUAGCAUUGGACAUCGGUCACGUGGCAAAUUUUGUGGUUCCAGGAUCCCACCAGAUGUUAAAAGCAGUAAUAAUAACAUAACACUGUUGUUCAAGACAGAUUCUUCUCAAACAGCAAGAGGCUGGAAGGUAAUUUUCCACCAGUCAUUAGGGCCAGAGCAUGGAUGUGGUGGUCAACUGAGAGAUCCCAACAAUAGCUUUGUCUCUCCUGAUUCUGAUUCAAAUGGAAGAUAUGACAAAGGUUUAAACUGCAUAUGGUACAUAAUUGCACCUGUAAACAAACUGAUUAAACUCACCUUCAGUAAGUUUGUUCUGGAGUCUUCGGUCAUAGAGGGAAGAUGCAAUUAUGAUUACGUAAAGAUAUAUGAUGGCAGGAGUGAACAUGCAAACCUGGGUGGAAGGUUUUGUGGUAGCACUGUGCCUGCACCUUUUAUCUCUUCUGGCAACUCUCUCACAGUUCAGUUUGUCAGUGACUUAACUUUUGAAAGAGAUGGAUUUAAUGCUACAUAUACCUUUGUGGACAUGCCAUGUGGUGGAACAUACAAUGCAACUUGGUCCCCACAAAACAUUUCAUCACCUGAUUUAUCCAACACCAGGCUUCCAUUCUCCACCUGCACCUGGGUGUUCGAGGCUCCUCCCCACCAGCAGGUCAAGAUAACUGUGCAGGAAUUAACGCUACACUCACAAGACUGCUUCCGGAACUACGUCGAGCUGCAGGAUUCACCCGAGAGUGAUAGAAACACAAGAAUCCAGCUCUGUGACACAAAUCUUACAGCUGUGCAGGCAUUUUAUUCCUCGACAAGCACUGCUAUUGUUGUGUUCCAAUUUGAAAUCUUAAACACAAACUCCCGAGUGAGCUUCACCUACCAACUUGCAGGCUGCAACAGGGAAUACAACCAGGCAUUUGGCAACCUGAAGAGCCCAGGAUGGCCGGACAGUUACGAUGAUAACUUGGACUGCACCACAGUUCUCAAGGCCCCACUAAACCACACCAUUUCCCUCUUUUUUCACUCAUUUGGCAUUGAACACUCAAGAGACUGUGAAAAUGACUUCUUGGAGGUAAGAAAUGGACAUGAUAGUAGCGCACCACUCAUUGGCAAGUACUGUGGAUCUCUGGUGCCAAGCCCCGUCUUCUCUCAAAAUAAUGAAUUAUACCUACGAUUUAAGAGCAAUGGUGCACUUUCCAGACAUGGAUAUAAAAUUGUCUGGACCUCAUCAGCAUCUGGCUGCGGUGGGACUCUAUUUGGAGCCAGUGGCUUGUUCACCAGUCCUGGCUAUCCUAAAACUUACCCAAAUAACACUGACUGCGAGUGGACCCUCAUUGCUCCUGCUGGAAGGCCUGUCACUAUCAGGUUUUACUUUAUCGUCAUUGACGAUCCAGGAAACUGUAUUCACAACUACCUCAUGCUCUACAAUGGACCGGAUGCCAACUCUCCACCCUACGGACCAUACUGUGGAGAAGACAGCAACAUAGCACCCUUUGUGGCUUCCUCAAAUCGGGUCUUCAUAAAAUUUCAUGCCGAAUAUUCAGUGAAUCCUUCAGGAUUUCAGUUAACAUGGGAGACCUGAAGAGAAAGCCGAGCUUCCUUGGCUCGUAGACUAUGCUGAAACGCCAUCAGACCCUACACUGGACACAGCUCUGCCUUUUCCAUUCUGAUUGGGUCCCGACAGGGGCUAAACUUCUGUGGCUUUUGCCAAAGCACAGGAAGUACAGAGAAAGAAUGAAUGUGGGUGAUUCUGAAUGCAGAGUGUAACUUCUUUUCUCUUUGCUGUACACACUGUUCUUUUAGAUGAUUUUAUUUAAGGUUCUUUAAAGGGUUGAAACAGUUGUGGCUUUUCUGUUGUAAGUUUUUAAAAACUAAAAGUAUAAUAGAUGCAUUAUUUUCACUGUGAAUGGAAAAUUGGUGGGAAUAAACUUUAUUCAGUUAUGCAA